AUGCCCAGAAUUUGGUCGCUGGACUUGGCCCUACCUGCCACCGGGUACCGUGUCGAGGUGAAUGGCCUCCUCUGGACUCCAAAGCAGCUGGAUGACCACCGGUUCUACAAUGGAUGCCAUCUGUCCCAAACCCAGUUCAUUGCUAUUUCAAACACCCUGGCACAACUCUUCGUUUACACGGUCACUUUCGGCGAUGGCCGGUACGUCGUGGGAAUAUCUCUCGUCACCGUUGCCGGAGACAGCAUUCGUUUAGAAUACAGCUCCAGCUGCAAGCACUCAAUCGAGCUCACCCAGAUCUGCGGCUUUCGCGUAACCAUUGGGUCCCGUGGACUCCAAGCUCCGCAAUGCAUUAUUGGGUCAGCGGAUGUAGAAUCUCCCUGGAUGAUGUGCCUCGACAGAACGGUUGGUCCUCGCCGACCGCGUGGUAGGGCUGGAAGUUGGGUUUGAUGUAAGCGCCCCUUGUAGUGCAUAGUGCCCGCUUAGACUAACAAAUCAUUCAGGCUUGCAAGAUAGUGAGGCUCGCUCUUCGCACACGAUCGCCGCCUUCACGGCCCUGCCGCGGACUGAGAUUAGCGGUAUGGUAUCCUACCAUUUCACCACAAAAGCUCAGUAUGAACGAAAAUUCAAUCCUCCCCCGAGACUUCUAUACAGUGGGAUACAAACCCAUGAUCUGGUUCCAUUUCGGAGGGGCCGGGAGAAAGAACGUCCGGCACCUCACCGGCAUUUCCGCGGCAUUAUGUGCUGGUAUACUUCGCAUCCACCUUUCCUUCAACAUAGAAGUGCCAUGGGAGUAUCGAUCCUUUGGCCGCUUGAAGAUUGAGGAAGAAUAUGAGGACCGCGCAGAAUCCUCUAUCGAUGGGCCUGGCGGCGAACAUAUCGAGACCAUCAAGACGCGACAUUAUUAUCCCAGCGCCGAGGAACUUAUGCCGGGGGCUGCA